GAAAGGUAGUCAGGGCGCUCAUAUGGAAGUGUGCCACUCUAUUUGGGAAAUGCGUGAGCUGGAAACUUGCACUAGGAAACAGACGCUGGAUCUCCAGUGGCGCGUGAGGACGAUUAAAACCUGCAAACUCUAAUUUAAAACAAUGUUUACUCCAUAAGGACCUAUUUGAAACAUUUUACCACGGGUAUUCGCUUACAUCUUUCGAGGGAGAUCUAGAUUGGAUGCAAUUAAGUGACCUGUCACCACUGAUAUUUUAUGAAACCAAAAAGAUAACAACAUUGCGAAUAUGUUUAGCGCAUUUUCCGGAUUGUUUCAUUUUAUUUGGUAUCUUUGAGAAAGCGACGCACACUUUACUACCGACGAGCAAGGCACGAACUGGCCACCUAGAACCGUUUUGUGGAAUUUAUGGUGAAAUUUCCAUAUUGACAUUACCAUUUGGAUGGACUACUGUUUGGAUUUUCCUACGAUUAGACUUGCUUUGGCUUUCGAGAUGGGUUAUUUGACGUUACUGUUACAAAUAGUUGCUGCGGUCCAGUUGAGCCUUUUACCUGCACAGAGUUCUUCCUUAGUAAACGUAAACAACACUGCUAAAGUAAUGCUGUUUCAAGAGGUUUGGGGGAAAAGCUUCUGCCGCACUAUAGAGAAGCUAGUGGAAGUGGUUCAGGAGUACCCUGGGGAGGUGGAGCACAUUUUCAGCCCCGCCUGCGUGCCAUUGGUCCGCUGCGCUGGUUGCUGUGGAGAUGAGAAUCUGGAGUGUCACCCUACACUUACUUCUAACACCACCAUGCAAUUAUUAAAGAUUAAGCCAGCGGAGCAGGGCCAGGAAUAUGUGGAGAUGACCUUUGUGGAGCACAAAGCCUGUGAAUGUAGACUAAGAAAACCUACAAAGAAACAAGACAGAUUGAAACCCAGAAACAGAGGGAGAAAAAGAAAGGAGAAAAAGAGAGUGAAAGAUUGUGACACGUGUCAGCCUCCCCGCAGGUAAACGCUGUCUCGCCGUGAUGCCAGCCAAUCGCGUGCAUCUGCCCCCUUCUGUGCGACCCUCACCGUCAUCAUCGUUCACUUAUGGAUACUGCCACUACUCUGCACCCCACCAUCCCAGAUGCAGAGUUGUUAUGGUGAUGGGGCUUCUGUCGGCACACGGGGGGCCUUCCAGUCAUCUAUACAGGAACCUCCUGUUGUGCAGCUCUCUACAGAAGAAAAACAACCGAAGACCAAACCUAGAAUCUGAGACUGAAUAAAUCCUAUAGGGAUUUAUAUUAUUAUAAUAUUAUUGUUUUAUAAUAGUAGUAGUGAAAGUAAUAAAGUAAUAGUAGUGGUAGUACUGGUUUAGCUGCCAAGUCUUCCCCUUUUAUUUAUUAAAAUCCACUGAAGUAAAACUGGUGCAUUACAUUAAUCAAUAGCCUACAUUAACAAAGCCAUUGACUAUUUGUUCAUAAUUCUAGAAGGAAGCACAGAACAAAAUGCCAUCUCUUUAGAUUCUAUAAUUACUGCUAUGCUAAGACUAUAUUACAAUUUACUAAUGUGAAAACCAUGUUAGAAGAUUUUUUUCAUACAUAGUAUUUUCUGUUGACGUUCUAAAUCUUCUCUGUGGGUUUAGCCCUCAACUUGCGCAUUAAAUUGACAUACUGACCUCUAGUGGUAAUAAUAAAAUAAUUACGUUCACAAAGUGUUCUUCAAAUAAUACUGAUCUGAAAGCCAUCCCAUUAUGAUAUAUAUAUAUAUAUAUAUAUAUAUAUAUAUAUAUAUAUAUAUAUAUAUAUAUAUAUAUAUAUAUUACUAUAAUAUUUCAACUUUGGCAAAAAUAAAAGUGUGUACUGUGUAAGGACAAAGACUUUGCUCUGAAAGGGCGCCUGUCAACAGGAACCGAGACAAACGUUCAUCACGAUAUGAAUCACGAGUGAAUGUUAGUGCUUUGUAUUAUUGUUUUGUCAGUGAAAAUGACUGAAUUUCCCACACUUUAGACUCAGGUCUUUAAAGUGCCGGAAUUAAACCAAAGAAGCAUUAUUAUCUAUGCUGCUGACCCUAAAUAUAAAUACAAUAGUUUUCACCAAAGGGCUAUUUAAUUCCCAAUGUAUAAAAUGUUGUAUGUUUUUCUAAAUAUUGUUAAUAUGUAUUAAUAUUAUACAACUUUAAGAGUACCUUUCUAACAGAGUGACUUAAUGUUUGUUUCUGAUUAUUAAAAAAAAUA